AAUCGAAUUUGAUUUUAUUUUUUAAAGUUGCUCGCAUUUCCAUCUGGUUUCUCCCCGGCUAAUGCCAAACUAAUUAUAUUAGUGUCGUGCGCGUGUCCCCCUUCGGAUCGAGAAGUGCUAAUCAACCGCGGCAGCCCAAAGACAAUUCCGGUGACCAAACAAGUCUCCUGUAAUGCAACAUUCUAUAUAGUGCAAUUUAGCUCCAAUCAGUGCAAUCAGCAUGCAGUCGAUGAAAGCCGAUGAACUGCCGGAGAAUCCGCGCGAGCGCUCCAACCCCCUCUCCGCCCUCAUGUUUUGUUUUGCCAUGCCCGUACUAUUUAAAGGGCGAAAGAAGACACUGGAACAAAAGGAUCUCUAUCGAGCGCUCAAAGAGCACAAAUCGGACUCCCUGGGAGAUCGCUUGUGUGCCGCCUGGGAUGAGCAGGUGGCAAAAAAUGGGACACCAAGUUUGGGUCGCGCCCUAAUGAAAGUAUUUGGCUUUCGGUUGUUCGUCACUGGUAUCUCCCUGUUUAUCCAGGAGUUCUUAACGAAAGUUACUCAACCCAUCUGCUUGUUCGGUGUGAUGGCCUACUUUGCCGGUAAUGAUCCGGAUCUAACAAAGGCCCAGUUAUAUGCAGCGGGUCUCAUAGCAGGUUCCGUAUUUAGUGUGCUGAUAGGUCAUCCCUAUAUGUUGGGUCUACUUCAUCUGGGCAUGAAGAUGCGAGUGGCUCUCAGCAGUCUCAUCUAUCGCAAGGCUCUCCGGCUAAGUAGAACUGCCCUGGGCGAUACCACAGUGGGUCAGGUGGUCAAUCUCCUGUCCAACGAUGUGGGACGCUUUGAUUUGGUUCUGAUCAACGUGCACUACCUGUGGAUAGCUCCGUUGGAGCUGAUCGUAGUUACCUACCUGAUGUACCUUGAGAUUGGCAUAUCUUCCCUUUUUGGGGUUGCGAUAAUGCUUCUGUUCCUGCCCUUCCAAUCCUACCUCGGCAAGCGAACCAGCGUGCUGCGCCUGCGCACCGCCUUGCGAACGGACGAACGUGUCCGGAUGAUGAACGAGAUAAUCUCGGGCAUCCAGGUCAUCAAGAUGUACGCCUGGGAAAAGCCAUUCGGCAAGGUGGUGGAGCUGACCCGCUUCAAUGAGAUGCUGUGCAUCAAACAAGUCAACUACAUCCGCGGCAUCCUCAUCUCGUUUGCCAUGUUUCUGUCGCGCAUUUUUACCUCCUCCAGUCUGAUUGCCUUCGUCGUGCUGGGAAAUGUGCUGAAUGCCGAGAGGGCUUUCUUCGUCACUGCCUACUAUAAUAUCCUGCGUCGCUCGGUGACCAUGUUCUUCCCGCAGGGCAUCUCCCAGUUUGCGGAGCUUCUGGUUUCUGUCCGCCGGUUGGAGACCUUUAUGCAUCGCCCGGAGACGCUGGUCAGGGAUAAAUCAAAGGCUCCAGUUAUUCCCAUGCCGAAGACGGAGUCUUUGAACGGAGACAGUCCCAAGAGCAAUGGAAUCCCUGAGAAUUUGAUCGAGUUCAGCCAGUUCCAGGCCCGCUGGGAAAGCCAUUCGGUGGACCCCACGCUGGAGGACAUCAACCUCCAGUUGGGUCGUCGCAAGUUGGUGGCCGUUAUCGGACCCGUGGGCGCUGGCAAGUCCAGCUUAAUUCAAGCUGUGCUCGGCGAGCUGCCGGCAGAAAGUGGUAGCCUAAGGGUCAAUGGGAGCUAUUCCUAUGCCGCCCAGGAGCCGUGGCUUUUUACGGGUACCGUGCGACAGAAUAUCCUAUUUGGCCUGGAGUGGGACAAACAUCGCUAUCGCACGGUGGUGAAGAAGUGUGCCCUGGAAAGGGAUUUUGAACUAUUGCCCUUCGGUGACAAGACGAUUGUGGGCGAGCGAGGAGCUUCACUGUCCGGCGGACAGAAGGCCAGGAUUAGUUUGGCCCGAGCUGUUUACCGACGGGCGGAUAUCUAUCUUCUAGACGAUCCACUCAGCGCUGUGGACACCCACGUUGGGCGCCACUUAUUUGAUCAGUGCAUGCGCGGCUACUUGAGGAGUGAGCUCGUGAUCCUCGUCACCCACCAGCUGCAGUUCCUGGAGCAGGCUGACCUGAUAGUCAUAAUGGAUAAGGGUCGCAUUAGUGCAAUGGGCACGUACUCAUCGAUGAAGCGCAGUGGAUUGGACUUUGCUCAACUGCUGACGGCGCCGAAUAAAGAUGAUGAUGAGCUGGACGAGGCCGAGGGGGCAGGUGGUGAGGGUCUAGACCUUUUGAACGUGCCCUCGAUGAGCAGGCGGGGCAGCAAGAACAGUAAGCCCAGCACCCGGAACAACAGCUUCACCUCCUUAAGUUCCAUGGCGGAGUCGAUGGCCCAGGAGGCCUCCCUGCAGAUGCAGGAGACGCGAGUGGAGGGCAAGAUCGGUCUGGGACUGUACAAGGAGUAUUUGACUGCUGGGAGCAGCUGGUUCAUGCUCUUCUUCAUGGUCUUCCUCUGCCUGGCCACCCAAAUCCUUUGCUCAGCGGCGGACUACUUCUUAUCCUACUGGUAAGUGAAAAGAUAUCCCUUUUAAUAAUAAUAAUAAUACCUCUUUUGGCUUUACAGGGUUGACAAGAACGUGUACGAUCAGACGGAUAUUAACGAGGAUCCGCGGGACAUGUACUACUUUGCCGCUCUCAAUGUGGCCGUGGUGGUCUUCACCAUCGUGCGCACCAUGCUCUUCUACAAGAUGGCCAUGAGGAGCUCCACACAGCUGCACAAUGCCAUGUACCAGGGCAUUACGAGGGCUGCCAUGAACUUCUUCAACACGAAUCCCUCGGGACGCAUCCUCAAUCGCUUCUCCAAGGAUCUGGGCCAGCUGGACGAGGUCCUGCCCACCGUUAUGCUGGAUGUGGUGCAAAUCUUCCUUACUCUCCUCGGCAUCAUUGUCGUCAUCUGCAUCACCAAUCCGUACUACCUCAUAUUGACUUUAGCCUUGGCUAUUAUUUUCUACUACAUCAGAGAGUUUUACCUGAAGACAUCGAGGGAUGUGAAGAGACUGGAGGCGGUGGCCAGAUCACCCAUCUACUCCCACCUGAGUGCCACGAUCACCGGUUUGCCAACAAUCCGAGCUUUGGGAGCUCAAAAGGAACUCAUUGCGGAGUUCGACAAUCUGCAGGACUUGCAUAGUUCUGGUUACUACACCUUUCUGGCGACGAAUCGCGCCUUUGGUUAUUACCUGGACUGCUUCUGCACGUUGUACAUUGUGAUCAUCAUCCUCAACUACUUUAUAAACCCACCGAAGAGCUCCGGCGAAGUGGGUUUGGCCAUCACCCAGGCGAUGGGAAUGACGGGAAUGGUGCAGUGGGGAAUGCGCCAGUCGGCGGAGCUGGAGAACACGAUGACCGCAGUGGAGCGAGUGGUGGAGUACGACGAGAUUGAGCCGGAGGGUGAGUUCGAGUCCCGCGAGGGCAAGAAACCCUCACCGAGUUGGCCCGAAAAGGGUGAGAUCAUAGCGGAGGAUCUGUGCCUGCGCUACUUCCCGGAUCCGCAGGCCAAGUACGUCCUUAAGGCAUUGAAUUUCCGCAUCCGUCCGCGUGAGAAGGUUGGAAUCGUGGGACGCACUGGAGCCGGCAAGUCCUCGCUGAUCAAUGCGCUCUUUCGACUGUCCUACAAUGAGGGCAUCAUCACCAUCGACGAACGGGACACGGCUGAGAUGGGACUCUUUGAUCUGCGCAGCAAGAUAUCCAUUAUACCGCAGGAACCAGUGCUUUUCUCGGGCACCAUGAGGUAUAACUUGGAUCCCUUCGAGGAGUAUAACGACGCCAAGCUGUGGGAGGCGUUGGAGGAGGUGAAGCUGAAGCCACUGAUUGCAGAGCUUCCCAGUGGUCUGCAGAGCAAGAUAUCCGAGGGCGGCAGCAAUUUCAGCGUGGGUCAGCGGCAGUUAGUCUGCCUGGCCAGGGCAAUUCUUCGCGAAAAUCGCGUCCUAGUAAUGGACGAGGCGACCGCAAAUGUGGAUCCGCAAACAGAUGCCCUCAUCCAGGCGACAAUAAGGAGCAAAUUCCGCGACUGCACAGUGCUGACCAUAGCCCAUCGUCUGAACACAAUUAUGGAUUCGGAUCGAGUGCUGGUAAUGGAUGCCGGUUAUCUUGUAGAGUUUGGUUCACCCUACGAACUUCUCACCUCCACCGACUCGAAAAUUUUCCAUGGCAUGGUCAUGGAAACUGGACAAAACACCUUCGACAGUCUGCUCAAAGUGGCCGAAAAGGCCCACUUGGAAUCAAAGAAGCCCAAAUCUGAGUAGAUUAUAGAUCUGGUAAAUGCUUACCUUAAAGGUCUCAUUUCCUGGCUGUAAGCGCCUGCAAAGUUGUACCUAAUCCAGCCAGCUGCAUUUAAGUUAAUUUUCUACUUAAAGUAUUAUGCCUUCGAACCUUACAUACAAUACUUAUACGAUGCAAUUCUUAUAGAUAUGAUAUACUGUAAAAAAAAGAAUCAGCCCAACGAAUGGUAAAAUAUACAGAGUCUCAGAAAAACUGGGUUGUUUUGCUAUCGUUAAUUUUCGUUUGAUAAGAAACUAAACUAUAAUAAUGAGCAAUUUAAAUAAAAUAAAGAUUUUCAAAGAA